AUGAAUAGCAUAACUACGAAUGAUAUUGCCAGUGAUGGCACUGGCAGUAGUAGCAUUGUGAAUGGUGUUGUAGUCAAUGGUGGCAGUAGUAAUGGCGAAACAAUCAAUGGUUCAGGAGUGUCAACAUCACAAAACUAUCACUAUUAUCACAAUAACAAUAAUCAUAAUAAUAAUAAUCAUAAUCAUCAUCAUGGACACGGUCAUGGACAUCAUCAUGGACAUGGACAGAAACAUCAAAAACAUCAACAUCAACAAAAGCCAAGUGGAGACAGUGCAUCGACAACAACAACAACAUCAUCUACGACGAUAGACCCGACAUCGAACAAACAGACCGAUUUUGGAAACAAGGUGUGCAGUUGUCAUGGUAGCGACAACACAAACAAUCAGCAGUCCACACAGACCGUGCCAGCACUGGCGCUGACUCCGACAUCACUGAGACACAACGUCAGCAACAUCAAUACUAGCAGCAGCAACACUCAACAGGUAUCACCAUCCAUCCAGUCGCCAUCGGUGGAGCAUCACAUCAACCCAUUGCUCACACCCAAGACAUCAAAGCAUGAGUCCUCCAACCUGCAGGUCAGCACACCAACCACCACGCCGCGAUCACUAUCACCCAGCUUCAUCGAUCCCAGCAGCAGUGGCUCCGACCCACCCUACAAAGCACACAUCCUAGUCGUCGACGAUGAUGUAGUCCAGCGAAGAAUCAUCAACAAUAUAUUAAGCUCACAGUAUAAUGUAACACUUGUCAAGAAUGCAGAGGAGGCAUGGGAUACUCUACUCAAGGUCAAGUAUGACCUUGUCCUCACAGAUGUUAUGAUGCCCAAUGUGUCUGGAUUCGACCUACUCCAGCGCAUCAAUGAGAAUAGCGAGAUCAAGGAUAUUCCAGUCAUAUUGAUGUCUGGUACAGCUGUGGACUAUAAGUAUGCGAAUGAUACGAUCAAGAUUGGUGGGCAGGACUUCUUGACCAAGCCCAUCGCCAAGGAGCUGCUCAAGAAGAAGAUCUACACUGUGCUGCAGAGCAUCUGGCAGAAGAAGAAGGAGCAGGAGUACAGGACCACACUGGCACAGGAGCGUGAGAACAGGUCGUUGCUGGCCAAGCAGAUGGAGGCCAAGGAGCACGAGAUAGAGGAGCUGACCAAGAAGGUGUCGGAGAUGCAGCUGAUAACAAGGGAGGCCAUGGAGUCGCCCUUGGUCUCGGUCACCAGGAACAUCGAGGAGUUGUUGCAGCAGAGCAAUUGGACGGGCCAGGAGAAGGACAUCAAGGUCAAGCUCAACUUCAUCCUCAGGGAGCUCGGAUCAUCGAAUAUAUACCGCCCAUCGUUUGAGAAGCUGAUCAAGAACGACUCGGUCGACCCGGUCACCAAGAGCUUCCUGGUGACUGAGUUCUCCAGCGUGACUGGCUCGAGGAGGAACUCGAUUCCAACGUUCCCCCAGAUAUCGGCGCGCAAGGACACGAAGGAGGGCAUCAAGAGCUGGCACUUUGACGUGUUCCAGUACAAGGAGGAGGAGUUGAUGCCACUGCUGGUCGACAUGUUUGAGAACUACCAACUGCUCGAGACCUUCAAGAUACCCAUCGAGAAGCUGCAGCGCUUCAUCAUGGCCGUGCACUCGCUCUACAGGAAGACCAACAGAUACCACAACUUCCUGCAUGCAUUCGAUGUCACUCAGACCUGCUACACAUUCCUCACGACGUUCAAGGCGGCUCAGUACCUCACGCACCUGGACAUCCUAUCACUCCUCAUUGCAGCCAUGUGUCACGACCUCAAUCAUCCAGGCUUCAACAACACCUUCCAAGUCAAUGCUCAAACAGACCUUACAUUAUUAUACAAUGACAACUCUGUCCUUGAGAAUCAUCAUGCCAAUCUAACAUUUAAGAUAUUGAAGAAUAGUGAUUGUAACAUCCUUGAGAGUUUGAAUGAGGAUCAGUACAAGGAGCUGAGGCGAUCAGUCAUCCAGUUGAUCCUGGCCACAGACAUGGCCUUCCACUUUGAGUACAUCAACAAGUUCCAGCAUCACUUGAACAACCAACCAUUCGACAGGAACAAGAAAGAGGACAGACAGAUGAUAUUGAACUUCUUGCUCAAGUGCGGUGAUAUAUCAAAUGUAGCCAGACCAUGGCAAUUGAAUGUGGAAUGGUCGAAUAGAGUGUCCGAUGAGUUCUUCCAACAGUCGCAUUAUGAGAAGAUAUGUGGAUACCCUGUGACACCAUUCAUGGACAAGACAAAGACUACAAGACCAAGGAUCGCAGCGGACUUUAUCGAUUAUGUCGCCUCGCCUCUGUUCCAAGGCUUGACGCGCUUCCUCUCAGACACACAGUCGCUACUGGAGCUCAUGACGACCAAUCGACAGAAGUGGCAGAUUGAGUUGCAGAAGCUUGAGGGCAAGAAGGAGGGCGAGGAGAGUGCACCGGGCGCUACCGGGGCAGCAACCACACCCGCUGCCAGUGCUGGAGCGACAACAUCAACAGCAGCGCCAUCGGCCACGACAACAACAUCAUCAUCGACAACAGGUAUUGAUCCACCACUGUCUGCUUCCAACACCACGAAGCUUCCAAAGAUCAAGGAAGAGAGUGAUUGA